AGGUAUCAACAGCUGGACUCAGUAAAGGACGAGAUUCGCAUCCUCAGCCUUCUUCCGGGGAGACCAAAUGAUGCCGUCGAGACCACGAUAUCCGUUGCUUGCCUGGACGACGACCCUUACUACGAGGCGCUAUCAUAUGUAUGGGGUGACUCAAGGCCAGAAUUCUGUCGAUGGAUUAGGGUGGAUGGCCAGAAGAGGUGGGUCACGCAGAAUCUGUGGGCAGCCCUGAGGCGACUACGAAGAACAGACGAGGAGCGAAAGCUUUGGGUGGACGCUCUUUGCAUCAAUCAGAAAGACGACGUCGAAAAAUCUCACCAGGUCGCAAUGAUGUCUCAAAUCUACUCAAAGACUGCUAUGUGUCUCGCCUGGCUAGGGGAC